CGGAUCUCCCCCGUCAGUUCUCCCUCCUCCAGCCGCCAACAACAGACGCUGAAACCUGAUCCUGACGCCGAGCGGAGCUCACGGCACGAACAUGGCGGACCGCGGCUACGGAACAUUCACCACGGCCAUCGUACGGGAGAUCCCCGGAUCCCUGGCGGGCGAGCAAGACCCUCCGGCCGAGGGAGAGGAGCGGGAGGACACGGUGGACCUGCAGAAGGCCCGAGAUGAGUGGACCACGUACGUGGACACGCUGAGGACCCUGGGAUUGCGAGUGAUCACCAUUCCCGCCGAUGAGGAGUGCCCGGGAUGCGCGUGCGUGGCGGACACCGCCGUGGUGGUUGAUGGGAUAGCAUUCGUUACGCGGCCGACCAAUCCCGACCGCAGGAAAGAGCUGAAGGCAGUGAAGGAAGUUCUGGAGGAACAGCUGGGGGCGGGGAAUGUGGCGGAACUGAGGGAUAUCGAGGCUACGCUGGACGGCAGGGACGUGCUGUUCACUGGCAGGGAGUUUUUCGUGCGAGUGACGGAAAGCAACAACAACGCGCCGCAGAGCCCAACCCGCAGGAUGCCCAGCAGGAAGAAGGAGAAACCCGCUCCGAAGAACGACGCCGGCGCCAGGCUCCUUGCACGAGUCUUCCCAGACUUCCAGGUGACAUCCCUGUACAUCCAGGGAGACCGCCCCCUGCAGAGUUACCUGUCCAUGGCAGGGCCUGACAUCAUCGCAGCAGGGGAGGGGGAGGACGCUCAGAGGGUCAUCGAACAAAUCAUUGAGAAGGCAGAGUACAAGUACAAGGUGCUGUGUCUACCCGAGGACUCGGCGGUGGACUGUGUGUUUGUCAAUGGCUCUCUGGUGCACAGAACUCAGGAGGAGAUUCCUAAAAGCACAGAGGUCAUCGAGGCUAAACUUGCUGACCUGAAGAAGGUGAUCGUGUCAAACUCGGAGCUGGCCAAAGUUGGGGUGACCCUCAGCGCUCUCACAGUCUUUAUCUAGAGUUAGUCAGCAAAUGUUUACAGUCAGACCUGUUCAAGAAGAUCUCU